CCGCGUUUCGCGCGUUUUGACAUAUCGGACCAUCACACACACUCACACUAUUAUUUCGUGUUUCUUAGAAACGAGCCGCGUGUGACACAACCGGCACUAAACACCGAUCGACCUAGCAUCAAACACUGCCGUUUGAAUUCCGCGCUCGUAAUAUCGUGCAGUAGCGAUUCACGUGGCGCGCGACAACAACGCGAGUGCGUGAAGUGUGCGUGACCUAUUGUUCGUAUAUAUGUAUGAUGUAACUGUGAUGAGUGCCACCAGUGAUCAUUGCGCACCUGAUUGAGCGAAAGUGUGACCGGUGACCAAAUGUUUAUCCCGUCAUCGUAGAUUUGGAAGGAAUUUGUUCUUCAGUUUAAAAUUCGUCCCUUAGGUGUAAGUGUUGCGAUGUUUAAUAGACUACUGUGAAAGUGUGGUGAUUUCACGAUGAAGCUCUAAAGUGAUUUGUGUAUGUGGUUGGUUUAGUGUUUUAAGGUCUACAAUAGUUACACUGUUCAAUUUUCUGUGAUCUCAGCGCAGUAUGAGCUCUUACUUUGCUAAUUCGUACAUGCCAGAUAUGCGAAACGGUGGCGUUGUUUCGGCCGAGCAUCCUCAUCAACACCAACACUAUGGGGCGGCCGUUCAGGUGCCUCAAGGUGGAGGUGCCGUGCAAACUGACCCGAACUCUUGCGGUGGCGACCCGUCAGUUGUGGGACUGCGGCAGGGUAUCCCUCCCCAUCAUUAUGGGGGACCACCAACGGGUGGCCAACCUCCCCAAGGUAUGCCAUACCCCAGGUUUCCCCCGUACGAUCGUAUGGACAUGAGAACUGCCGCUUAUUACGGCGGCCAACAACCUCAGAUGGACAGUGGUCAGGGAUACCGGCCGGACAGUCCCAGUAACAUGCACAUGGGCACGACGGGAGCACCCAAUGGACACCAAACGCCUGUCGUUUAUGCCAGUUGUAAGCUCCAAGCGGCUGCUGUGACUCAGGGGGGUGUGCUAGGACCAACAGGUAGCCCACCUCUCGAUAGUACUCAGGGAAUGCCCAAUCAUCAUAUGGGUCAUCACAUGCAAGAGCAACACCCGCAACAUCACCAGGCCCAAGCACACCACCCGCAACAACAGCAUAUGAUGUAUCCAGGACAAACACCAGCAAAUAUGCAUCAGCAAGGGACGCCCCAUCAAACUCCCAUGCAACAACAGCAACAGCAACCCCAACAGACGACGAACAAUCCCUCGACGUUGCCAAGUCCACUUUACCCAUGGAUGAGGAGUCAGUUUGAGAGGAAGCGAGGUCGUCAAACGUAUACCAGAUACCAAACGUUGGAAUUGGAAAAAGAAUUUCACUUCAAUCGGUACCUGACGCGAAGAAGAAGGAUCGAGAUAGCCCACGCACUGUGUCUGACAGAGAGGCAAAUAAAGAUCUGGUUCCAGAACAGACGUAUGAAAUGGAAGAAGGAAAACAAGACCAAGGGCGAAGGAGGCUCGGAAACGGGAGGUGACGACAUCAGUCCCCAGGGAUCCCCCCAGUGAAAUCUACCACCGUAACUACUACCACAAUAAAAACAUAAAUGAGAAAAACAAGUACCUAAAACACGUUAUAGUCAGUUUUGCAUUUAUUUUACAAUGUCAUGCCGUGUGAUAAUAAUAACAAGAAACUCCUUUAAACACGAAGAAGAAACGAUAAUAAUUGAUAAGAGAGAACUUUUCUAAAUUUUCCCUUCGUAACCACAAUGACCUCUUUACGAUUAAGUCCCUUACUGUGUAUAUUUUAAAGUCGGUACUGUAAUUUUUGAUAGGUGACGAUUAGGUGAUGAUCCAUAUUAUUAUAGUUUAUUUAUUUAUAUUGUAGAUAAUAUUAUAUAGACUACCAACGGGCGAAAUUGUAUUAUAUAAACUCUCCAUUUAAUUAUUAUAUUAAUUGUAAGUAAUUUACGAAGGGCGCUGUUCAAUGCAACGCCGUGUUAAUGUGCAAUCUCGUGCAAAUUUUUACUUUCUACUAAAAUCAUUACCAGAGAGAGAUCAUUUAAAUUUUGACCAACAGAUUCGGUUCUCCGUACUAUUUAUUAAAAGUGCAUCUUAGAUUGUUUAUAACGAAAAAAAAAUUUUUUUGAAAACACUCAUUGUCAGUUAUCUAAAGAAGUAAAAAUUUGUGAAAGUAUGAUCCGGCUUUGCAAGGGCAUGGAAGUUAACAAUUAUUGAAAGGAUCUAUUGAAGGGUGUCGAGGCCCUUUGACGUCACGUACUUACCCACUGAUAAGGCGAUUCGAAAUUAUGACGUAGUUUCAGUGAUAAAACGGAUCUCUGAAGUUACGUGGAGAAAUAGUAUUAUCUAUAAAUUGUAGUUCGCCUUACGUGGAUUUUCAUUGUUUGAUAAAUUCAUUUUGUAAAUAAUGGGACUUAAAACAGUAAAAACAAUAAUGAUACAUCCCUUAGAAUACAAUGAUCGGGACGUGGAAAAAAAUAAAAAAUAAUUUUCUUUUUUAGUUUGUGAUUUAGGUACGUGGUACGUUAAAUAUUUCUAGUAUUAAUUUUCCAGUAUUAUUUCUUCAUGUCCUACUAGCAAAACAUCGGUGGAUUUUCCAAAGGUAAGUUAAUUGUUAAUUUUGCAUUUUGUAUGAAAACUGGUAGAUUUUUCUUCUUUUUUUUUCCAUCUUCCAAUUAAUUUGUAUUCUAAGAGAUUUAGACGACAUUUUCCUCCAAGUCCCUCAUUAAUUCUCACAUUAUUAUGUUAGGCGUGGAACAUUUUUGUACAUAAGUCUUUGUGAAAAAUAAAGAGGAUAUACAAAUAUACGAAUAUUUAAGAGGAGAGCAGUUCGAAGCCAAAGUUAAACUACAUUCUUAUCCAUGUAGGCUGAUAAAUACGUAUUACCAUAUAAUUUUUC